AUGGACACCCUACAGUCGCUACAAUGGAGGCCACCAAAACCAAACUACCUCCCUCACGACAUCGAGGUCGAUGAGCCCAUCGUGGACGUUUACAAACCCCCGAUCCCCAUGGACAAGGCCAGCGACCGCGAAAAUGUCGAGUACUACGCCCACAUGAAGCGCAUGGCCCAGGAAUACAACAUCACCCGUCCCAAGGGAUACACGGUCUCGUACCACUUCAACCCCGACAUGGAGCCUCACCACUUCGGCCUGACCCAUCCCAUGAAGCCCUUCCGUCUGACCCUCACCAAGAGUCUGGUCACCGCCUACGGCAUGAACUUUGCCAUGGACAACUACAACACUAGGAUAGCAACGUACGAAGAGCUCAACUCGUUCCACACCAACGACUAUCUCGACUACCUGCACAUGGCGCCGCCCGAGGAGAUGCCCCGGGAUAUCGACAACCCCGACAAGGAAGUCAAGUUCAACCUCGGCGGCUCCGACUGCCCCCUCUUCCACGGCCUCUACGACUACUGUUCCAUGUCUGCCGGCAGCUCCCUGGACGCCGCCCGUAAAAUCUGCAACAAGCAGUCCGACAUUGCCAUUGCCUGGGGCGGCGGUCUUCACCACGCCAAAAAGUCCGAGGCCUCGGGCUUCUGCUACAUCAACGACAUUGUCCUUGCCGUUCUCCAGCUUCUGCGCUGCUACCCACGAGUGCUUUACAUCGACAUUGACGUCCAUCAUGGUGACGGCGUCUUCUUCCCUGGCACUGGCGGUCUCGACGACAACGGUCCCAAGUCCGAGCACAAUCCGGGUGCGCACCACGCCAUCAAUGUACCCCUUAACGACGGCAUCACCGACGAGCAGUAUGGCCACCUCUUCCAGUCCAUCAUCGGCAAGAUCAACGAAAAGUUCCGUCCUUCGGUCAUCGCCCUUCAGUGUGGCGCCGACUCGCUCGCCGGCGACCGCCUGGGUAGGUUCAACCUGCAAGUCCAGGGCCAUGGUGCCUGCGCAAAGUUUUGCAAAACCUUUGGCAUUCCCAUGAUCAUGUUUGGCGGCGGUGGCUACACCCCCCCGCAACGUGGCCCGCGCAGGGCCUAUGAGACAUCGGUCGCCAUCGACAUUGACGAAAAGAUCAACAAGAUUAUCCCCGAGCACACUCCCUGGCGGAAGCAUUUCGUUCAGGAGGAGCUGUUCCCCUCGCUCGAGCAGAUUCUAGGUGACCCGCGUGUGAAUAGGAACUCGCAGAAGCGGCUUCAGGAAAUCAUUCAGCAUGUACACGAGCAGUUGCGCUUCGUCAAUGCCGCCCCCAGCGUGCAGCAGCAGGUGAUUCCGCCAGACCUGGGUGGCAUCCGGGACGAUGUCGAGGACCGCCUCAAAGAAGAAAGCGAGGAGAGGGACGAAGGCCUCAGACGGGACAGGGAGGAAGGCUUGGGUAUCAGCGGCGAACAGUCGAUUCUCUUUUACCCUGUUUCACCCAUCUUCACCCGUUUACCACAAUCUGAUUCCGACUCUGUUUCCAACUCUGGUGCCGACUUUGGUCUCAACUCUGGUUCCGACUCUGGUUCCGACUCUGGUUCCGACUCUGGUUCCGACUCUGGUUCCGACUCUGGUUCCGAUUCUGAUGUCUACCCUCAUCUCGACCUUGACCCUCCCAUUGAUUUCCUCGAUGAUCCGCCUACAUAUCAAGAAGCCACACAGGUCGACCCUAACCUGAACGCGCCUACAUAUGAAGAAGCCGCACAGAUCUCCUCCACCCCAAACACGCAGUACAAAAAAGAGUUGCAAGGAAGGCGGGGGAACCUAUGCGCAGACUUGGUACUCGCAGACUCGGUACUGCGUGGCAAACGGUUGGAGAAAGUAGAUCCCAAAGACUUUGAGCAAAACCCCGACGGUGUAAUAGCCGUUGCCCUCGGAGAAUUGCGUGGAAUGAGAGAGCGAGGGGAGUUGACCAAGGAACAACUGGAUGAACAGCACGACAUGUGGAAACGCCUCCGUGCUGCUAUUAAAACCGGUCGGAUUUCGAAAAAGGGCGACCCGAUUACAACAGAGGAGUCCAUAGAGGUGGAGGCCUUUCUGGACUUUUGGAAAGGCAUGGCGGCAAAGGCCCACCGGCGCCAGCAGGAAUGCCAACGGGAGCUGCAGGAUGUGGAGGAAGCCAAGAAAAGGCUUUGGGAAACCGUGGAAGCUUCCUGCGAAACCGUGUCUCGUAUGGACCUGGAAAAGAUUCGGGUAGCAGUGGAAGCCGCACAGGCUCUGGCACCUGAAGACGGCCCACCUAAAAGGAUCUUUGUGGACACGGAAAAUAAGCCACGGAAGCAGCCAGUUAAGCCAUCGGAAGAGGAGGGUAAAGAAGGGAAUGGAUGGGCUAAGAAACUGCAGGGCUUUUUGCAGACUCUAGGGAAAAUGCCGGAACUUGAGGAGACGAGCUAUCCAAAUCCUUUUCAGCUGGAGACCAAGGUGCUAGAGGGUUGGUUUCAGGCAGCGCUGGACAUGGAUCUUGCCGUGAAGAUCUUGAAAGCGAAAUGGUCAAGUGUGCAGGCGAUUAUGGAAAAGAGGGGGGUGGAUCCAGCCAUGGAGAUGCCGAAGUUGUUCAAAGAGGACGAUAAAGUGGCACCGGCUAACAAGGUGCAUUUGGUUUGGCAGUUCGAAGAUUGGGUUGCCAAGAAACUCGAUGAUGUACAAAAGGAGCAACAAAAGAGGGGGGUGGAUGUGACAGCACAAACGCCUUCAGAACCACCGAAGCAACAGGUCAAGCCAACGGAAAAGAAGGAUGAGGGAGGGCAUAGGUCAUUUGUUACGGUGCAUCAGGAUUUUUUGCGCUUUGGGAGUGAUACGGGAAAGGAGGGGAUUACCUCUAUUGGGGACAGGAACGUGCUCUUGAAGGUCAUCGACAAUAAACCGGUGGCGCUUCCCGAUCCGGAGUUUUUGAAGCAGCUCAUGAUUUGUGAUUCAGAACUUGGUGGCGGUUCUAUACCGAUCAAUAUACCGAUCAAGAAGACAGCUAAAGGGCUAGAUAAUCGUAUCAUGAACACUAUCGGGGUGGAUAGCAAGAAAAUGGCAGAAUGGCUUCGGGUACAAGUGGCCAGGGAAAAGGAUAUGUAUUGUAUGAGAAAGGAUUACGAGUAUAUCAUGAAGCAGUCACGCGAGAGUGGGGUAGGUGUGACGGAGCAGGAGGUGACGGAUUUUAUUAACUGGGGAUGGGGGUCGGAUGGGACGGGGACGGGGACGGGGACGGGGACGGCGCAGGACGGAAAGAAUGAGGAUGAGAAUUACGACGACGACGAAGAGACCGACGAGGACAACGAUGAGAGACUGGAGGAUAAGGAGAAGAAGAAGAAGAAGAAGAAGAAGAAAAACAAGCCGAAAAAGAAGCCGAAAAAGAAGAAGACGACGACGACGACGAGGACCGCGGAGGAUGAACGGGAGUUUUUAGAAGAGGUCGCCAAGCAGAGAGACAGUUUCGAGGAUGCGCUGAAGGACCUCAUGACCGAGCACAUUGAAGAUGGUGACGCUGUUGCGGUGAAGGAUUCGGAGGUUGAGCAGGUUGAGAAUGUCGAGGAGGAGCAAGACAAGAAGAAGAAUGCCGAACAAAACAAAAAGGACGAAGACGAACACGGGGACGAUGAUGAAAAUGCAAAGAACGAGACGGACUCGGAAGAAGACAACGAAGACGACUACGUCGACGAGGCUAACAAGACCGAAGAACAGCAGCAGAAGUCAAACAGGGCUCAGAUCAAUAAAGCCAAGAAAAAAAGGAGAAGAGAAAGGAAGCAGGAAGCGAGAGAGAAGGCAGAGCAGAAAGAGAAGGAAAGGGAGGCAAGGAGGGAGAAGGAGAGAAAGGUGCAGCAAGCGAGGGAGCAGGAGAAGAGAGAGGCUAGGGAAAGAGAGGAGAAAGCCAAGCGGGAAGAAGAAGAGGAGGAGGAGGAGGCUCAGAAGCGGAGGGAGAGGGAAGAAAAGUUGGCGAGGGCGAGGGAGGCGCAGAAGGCGAGGGAAAAGAUGUUCCGGGAGGCGAAGGAGAGAGAGGCGAAGGAGAGAGAGGCCCAGAAGGCGAGGAGGGAAAAGGAAACCGUGGAGGAAGUGGCACGAGAAAAGGAAGAGAGGGAGAAGGAAGACAGGAAGAAGAAAGCUAGGAAGUCGGAGGAGAUGGAAAAGAAGGCCAGGGAAAAACAGGCGUUGGAUAUGGAAGCGCUGGAGAUGAAAAUUAAGCUAGGGGCAGAGAAACAAAGGGAAAAGGAGGCUGAAGAGAAGAAGGCUGAAGAGAAAGAAGCUCGGGAGAAGGAAGCUCGGGAGAAGGAGGCUGAGGAGAAGGAGGCUGAGGAGAAGAAGGCUCAGGAGCAGAAGGCCCAAGAAGCGAAGGCAAAAGAGUUGCAAAAAGCGACGGAGAAGAAGGACGGAGUCAUUGUGACAGAGAAGGAGGUGAAGGAAGAGGCCGGGGCGCCAGAGGAGAGGCAGAUCUUGUCUCCAAUACCAAAGGUGAAAGAGUCUACAGGGCCAAAGAUGUCGGUAGAGCAACAGCAAGGAACUCUGCUGCAGCUAGUCACAUCACCACCACCACCGGCCAAGGAUCCGAUUCCUGAUCAAAAUCCGGCGUCACAGCAGAACCCCAUCACAACUAGCCCGAAUCCUCCCCGGCCGAUGAUGCCAUACGCUCCGAUGUCUCCGCCCCGUAUUCCCCAGCCGAUGAUGCCAUCACUGGGACUGAUGCCGCCGCCAGGACUGACGCCGUCGCAGGGACAGAUGCCACAACAGAACCCGAUCAAACCCCAGAUUUCCCAGCCAGCGAUGCCAAAUCAUAAUCCUUUCAUACUCCAGAGGCCUCGGCCGAUACCGUCGCAGGGACAGAUGCCACACCAGAACCCGAUGACGCCGCAGCUUCCCCGGCCGAAGAUUCCCCAUCAGAAUCCAGUCACUCCUCAGGUUCCUCAACCGGCGAUGCCACCGCCGGGACUGGCGUCGUCGCAAGGACAGAUCCCACUACCGAAUCCGCUCGCACCCCAAAAUCCGCUCAUACACCAGGCUCCCAGGAUGAUGCCACCCAAGAAUCCGCUCGCACCCCAGAUUCCCCAGCCGGCGAUGGCCGAUCAGAAUCCUCUCGCAUCCCAGGUUCCCCGCCCGAUUCAGCACCAGAAUUCAAUGCCGUCGCAGGGACACAUGUCAAACCAAACUCCCCGGUCAAUGCCAAACCAGAAUCUGUUCACAUCCCCGAAUCCCCGGUCGAUGAUUCCACAACAGAAUCCGAUCAUGUCCCAGAAUAUGCGCCAGGUCCAAGGCCAGAAUCCAAUGCCGUGGCAGGGACGGAUGACGGGGUCGCCGGGACCAAUGCCGUGGCAGGGACAGAUACCACACCAGAAUCGCCGGGACAUGCGAUACCGGGAACAGAUGCCUCACCAGACUCCCCAGCCGAUGCCAGCGGAGCCAUUCAUUGGCCCGUCGGAUGCGGUUCCUUUAAUCGUGUUCACACCGGAACAAUUCUUGACUAAUUGUCACUUGUUGGUCGACAUCAGCGUCUGGAUGCACAGAGUCCUCUCAGAAGAUUACCACCUUGCCAGUCUUCCUCAGCAGUCAAAGCACCGGCUCAUCAACAGGGUCAAGGAGGACUUUCAGCUCAUGAGAGGCAGGCAUCACCCUCAUCAGCAGAUUCAGUCGCAGAGCCAGAUGCCAGCAGAGCUAUACAUACAGUCAUCUCGGAAGAUUACCACCUUAACAGACUUCCUCAACAUUCGAAGCACCGCCUCCUCAUCAGGAUCACAGAGUAUUACGUUCACUUCAUGGAAGGCAGGCAUUACCCUCAUCAAGAAAACCAAGGACCACCGGAGCGCGAGUAGCAUGUGCCUCAGGUUCCCGAGGGAAGACGCCGUCGAUCAAGGAGCAACGUCGUUUCUCGGCUGGAAGAUAUGGCCAGGGUUCAAGAAGAGGGAUACUAUCGAGGGUCUCAAGGGGGAGGGCGUCAAGAACAACCUCAAGCAGAACAUCAAGAACCUAUCCAAUGGCAACGACCUCCCAUGCAACAACCUCCACUGGAAGAACCUCAACGGGGGAAACUUCAGAAUGAACCCCAAGGAGAACUUGAAGGGGAAAAAGACCCCCUAA